AUGCAGUGUCUUGCCUUGGACUAUUUCGCGCUGAUCGAAGAGGAGGGUCAGCGCGAUGCAGUGGAGGACUUACCAGUAAAGCAGGUGAACUGGCAUUGGGAGGCACCUCCCUUGGCUGCUGCAUUGAUGCAGAUCCAUUGCCCUGUGCCAACCAGUUCACCCUGCGAAACCUUCAACUUGGUGCGGUUCGCCGACGAAGCAAUUCCAGUCUUUCCAGAAGCACAGGUGGAAGACUUUGACUACCUCGGAGCACCCUCGCUGCUGCCAGCCGUGGAAGACUCCUGGACGAGAGAUGCGUUGGUCUCGCUGCUGCCAGAGGCCGAGGCCUUGGACUCCCAAAGCCGCCAGUGGCUCGCGGAGUAUGCAGCUUAUCGUGAGACGCCAGAAGUGUCUGUGGCGAUGAAGCAGAUCAAUCAAGACUGUGAGUGGAUGCACCAUAUGGCUGGCUCCUCCAACUUCCUGAGCAAGGAGGAUGCUAGUAUCAUCCCAAAUCCACAGCUCCAAACCAAAGACCCGCCAGACUGCACUGAAGUCGGUGCAAGGCCGGCAGCGCAGGAGACUGAAGCAUCUCACCCAACUGAAGUGGAGACUCGCUACUCCAGAGUUUGGCAGCCCAAAGGACAAGCCAAGGUGCGUUCCUUGGACCUGACCCGGCUCGGCGUCGAGGCCUUGCCGUCGAUCUGGAGCUUCGAAGCGAGCGGACGGACGGCGCUGGACUUCUCCGGCCCAGCGGACGGCGUUGGGAGCGGCGCACGCUUCGUGCGGGACGGGCACCUGCAGUUUGAGUGCUCUUCCACCAUUCUCGAGGCGGGCUGGUCGGGCGCCUGGACGUUGGCCGCUGAUUCCGCGGGGCCCGCAGAGCUCCCGCUGCCGCAGCUCGAACCGCUGAAGCUGCCAGAGGACUUGGAGGGCCUCUUCCAGAAGGACGCGAAGCUGCGCUUUGUUGAGGCUCUCGAGGCAGCACCCUUGGGCGAGGUGCGCGAGGGACGGACGCACGGGCGACCUAUGGCAUCGGAGGAGCGCAGCCAGUGUCCAGAGUGGAGGCAUGACUGGAUCGAGUAUAGCAGCAAGAGUCCACCGACGUGGCAGACGGAUGAGACGAGGUGGGAGCGCAGGACGAUCUCAGUGGCUUUUCAGGAGCCGGGCUUGGAGGCUCAUGCGUGGCUGCUUUCGGCGCCGCAGCAAGCCGCGGCGAACACGAGCGCCGCUCCGGUCGUGGAGGAUGCUGGCACGGCGACGGCUGGCGGCGUGGGCGAAGUCUUUCGAUACCAGGCCUCGGCGCAGGAGAAGAGGUUGGCGCAGCAGUUGAACAGUGGCACCUCAUUGGCCUGGCUGGCCUACAGGGAGAAGAUCCAGUGCCUGGAGAAGGUUUCCUCAGGCAACUUGAAGGAAGACGUCCCAGACUUGGAAGAGUUGGACGACUUGCUCAAGACCCAUGAAGCCAGACUGAAGGAGCUCCCCGAGGAUGAUUCCGAGAGCAAGACCUUGGAUGUGAGCCUUUAUCGCUUGCUCUACAACUUGCGUGUGAUGCUCUCGCUCCGCGGCGAUUUGCUUCGAGAGGGCUUGGGGCAUGCGAUCCUGGCCGCCGUGACAGCCACCGCGCCGAGCGAAGCAGCGACGCUGGCGCAGACGCCGCUGCUGAAGGCGGCGCUGGUGGUGUGCCACGAAGCCCUACGCUCGGUGCAGGGCAGUGCAGCACACCCAGGAGCAGCGAACAACCUCUGCAGCUUUGUGAACUGUCCAGGCUGCCGCUGCUCGCCCGCCACGCUGCAACAUCUGGAGGUUGCCCGGGUGGAAGGUCUCAAGGUUCUACGGCGAAAAGCGAUCGAGCAACAGAAGCGACUGGUGGUGGUCUUCGCCUCACAGGAAGUGCUGGAAGCCAUCGCGCUGCUCAUUGGUGCUGAUUUGAGUGGCAAGGUCUCGGAGGUGGUGGCGCUCGGCCGGGCCGUGGCGCCCGCGGCGGGCGUGCCGCUGCUGCGCGGCGCCGCCACCGCACUGCUGCACGAGCAGCUCGUGGCGCUGCCGCAGUGGGCCGCGGCCGCGGGAUCGACAGAUUUGCUGGCCGCUUGGGAGGUGCGACGUUUGCUGCAGCAGAGCCUGGUGGUCGCCUACCAGACAUUGCUGGAGCCUGCGAAAGUGCUGGUUCAGUUUCGUCUGGAGAUGGAGGCAGUUCCUGAUCCAGGCGAUGCGGGUUCGCGGUGUUCUCCGGAACGGAUGGGUCGAUGCUCUGUGCCAGCCGCGGCGGGCGCCGCCCCGGCGGCGCUUCCCGAGCGUCCUGCGGAGCGUGCGGAGGUUCCACGCCUGGCGCUGGCGGUGCGGCCGACGGUGACAGUGAUGGUUGGCGAGCAUAUGCUGAAGGCUCAAGAGCUGCUGCGCGAGCUGGAGGCGGGUGGCCUGCGGAUUUUGGAGCGCAGCGUGCUGGCCGCCACGGCGCCCGAUCUGCUGAUGGGGCCGCAGGUCUGCUGCUUCCUGCGCAGUGCACACGUGAUCACUCGACAGAAGCGAGAGCUAUGUGAUCGUCUCUGGCGGGCCUUGACAGCCUUUGAGCAGGUCUUCUUCGUCUUGGUGCUCGAGUCUGGCCUUCAAGAUCAAGGGAUUUGUGAGGAGCUAUUUCAAAUCUUACGUGCGCAAGAACACCCGCGAAAGAAUUCUUUGCAUGCCAGUACUGUUGCAAGUGAAGGACUUGCCACGUUGCUCGUGCGCGAGACCUUGCGCAUCUCUGCCACGGGGCAUGGCUUUUCCAUCGAGCUCAAGGAGGAGGAGCCUGAGGAGCUGCCCUUCUGGGCGGAGCUGCCGGGGCUCAACGCCGCGCUGGCCGAGCAGCUGCUAGCGCUACACCGCAAAGUGCCGGAACGAUGUGGGGCGCGGGAGGUGAGCCAGAUUUUAGGCCUUCGGCUCGAAGAGAAGGUCAUAGAGGAGAUGCAAGCAGCCCUUGAUCUCAAGCGAGAGAGCACAGUGUGCAGAAGGCAAGAGCCAGGCAAGCCGUUCUCCUAUCAGCUCACCGGAACGGUGGAGAAGCGGCCGACCGUGCCGCCUGCGCGGUGUGGCCGGACCGUGCCAGCCUUGGCCGGAGUUGCCGCGCUGGAGGAUUCGGAGGUGGAGGUGCAAACUCCUCAGGCCCAGAGAUUUCCUGCACGUGAAGAGAUGUUGCUGACGCCCCCCGACCGGAUCCUGGCACCGCACCGGAUCCUGCGGACCCCGCGCGCCACGGCGUCGCACCCGCGCGGGGACGAACCUCAGAUGAAGAGGCUCAGGGGCCUUGAGAUGGAGGAAGAGGCAGAUCUCAAAACAACUCGAGGCUUUCGUGACCAUGUGGCAGAUCCAUCCCAGCCGCGCCCUCUGCGCGCCCUGUCCGCGCCCUCUCCGCGCCGGGCGGCGCAGAUGGGGGAUCCAGGGCGAUUGGAGGCCGGGCGCCGGCGCCGAGAUUUGCUGCUCCCGCAGAAGCGGCCACACAGUGAGGAGUGCGAAGCCAAGGCGGACAUGAACAGGUCGAGGCUUAAGCAACAUGGUCAGAGCCAGGACGGUGACCUGGGACGCCUAGAGUUCGCCCAUGCGAAUCAGUUCCACAGAUCACAGAGUUCAACACAGAGCGGAGGACUACGGGGUGCGCAGAUGUUGAAUCGCCGCUGUUCUUCAGCGCCCCACAGUUCUCUUUUUGGAUCCCUUUGCACGAGAACACGAUGGCCCGCUGGUUUCAGAACCUCGGCCUUCCGCAGUUGGACGGGCUGA